AAAGAAACAAUGAAUCAAUCCUCAUCAUUCUUGGUACCACCCCAGCAGACUGACGCGAACAGCUGGAGAAGGGCUCGAUGUUGUGACGCCCCACGUGUGUUCUGCACGAGAAUAAAUAGCACGCACGAGCGAGCACACACAGCCGAAAGCACUUCAGCCUGUUAGACACCAAAAUGCUGAAUUUCAGCGGUUUCCUGCAUCAGCACUUCGUGCAGUGAGAUUUAAUUCGCGGGUGAUUGACAUGAUGAUAUAAUUCGAAAAGUCUGGAUGACCUUCUCAUCGGAAGCGCUGGGAAUGACAAUGUCUUCAGUUUUUCCAGUUUUACUUCAGGCAGCUGGAAGCCGCAAACCAUAAAGCGCCUCUUCGGUGCAAUCUGACACGGACGAAUGCCUUAAAUAUUAUUGUCAUCAUUUGUCAUGAUGGACUGUCUAUCACGCAAUGCGUACUGGCCUCUUGUUCGCUUUCUGCUGCCGCUAGCCAUUACUAAUAUAGCCAUCGACUUCGGAGAACAGGCACUAAACAGGGGCAUCGCUUCUGUGAAAGAGGACAGGGUUGAGAUGUUGGCCAGCUAUGGUCUGGCAUACUCGCUUAUGAAGUUCUUCACUGGACCCAUGAGUGACUUCAAAAAUGUGGGACUCGUGUUUGUCAACAGUAAGAAGGAGAGAACCAAGGCAGUCCUCUGUAUGGUUGUGGCAGGGGUCAUUGCCAUCAGCCUCCACAUCCUAAUAGCUUACACAGAUCUGGGCUACUACAUCAUAAUUAAGCUCCACCAUGUGGAUGAUUCAGUUGGAAACAAGACGAGAAAGGCAUUCCUGUACCUCGCAGUAUUUCCAUUAUUAGAUGCAAUGGCGUGGAUUCAUGCUGGAAUCCUCCUGAAGCACAAGCACAGCCUGCUAGUGGGAUCUGCCUCCAUCUCUGAUGUUGUUGCACAGAUAAUAUUUGUGGUGAUUCUUCUCCAGAGUAACCUGGAAUGUUUAGAUCCUCUUCUUAUUCCCAUUCUGUCUCUGUACAUGGGAGCUCUGGUGCGGUUCACUAUCGUGGGACUGGGCUACUACUGUAACGUCCAUGACAACAUUCCUGAAUCAAGUAGCCUCGAACUGGGGGGCGAUGUCACCGUAAGGAAGAUGCUUAGUUUCUGGUGGCCGCUUGCCCUCAUUUUGGCCACACAGCGCAUCAGCAGGCCCAUUGUCAAUCUGUUUGUCUCUCGGGACCUCAAAGGCAGCGCCGCAUCAACUGAAGCGGUAGCAGUACUCACAGCAACAUAUCCGGUUGGUCAUAUGCCCUACGGAUGGUUAACAGAACUGCGUGCCAUCUAUCCAGCUUUCGAUAAGAAUAACCCUACUAAUAAGUUAGCCAGUGGUCUGACGGUCACCAAAUCACAUAUCCAGAGGUUCACGCUUUGCUCUUUUCUCCUCUCCUUAACGAUGUGUUUCAUUGUAUUCUGGACCCCUCAUGUUUCUGAACGCAUCCUGGUAGAUGUCAUUGGGGUGGAUGUGGCCUUCGCACAGCUCUGCAUCAUUCCACUGAGAGUCUUUUCCUUCUUCCCUGUGCCUGUUAUAGUUCGAGCUCAUCUGACUGGCUGGUUAAUGACGUUGAAGAGAACUUGUGUUCUGGCACCUAGUUCAGUUCUGCGCAUCGCUGUGCUCAUCACCAGCCUUCUAGUGCUGCCUUACAUGGGAGUGCAUGGUGCCACACUGGGAGUGGGGUCUUUAUUAGCAGGAUUCGUGGGGGAGUCCACCAUGGUCGCAGUGGCUGCCUGUUAUGUAUACCGAAAACAGAAGAAAACCCCAGAAGCAGAAAUGGUUGUGGAGGACAACUCUUCCCCGAUGAAUGAAGUCACCUCCAGGACAGAGUUAGAUGUCACUGAAGAGGCUGAGAAUGAGCAGAUGGAAACAGAAGAUGAAUGAAUCUAUGCAUGGAAAGAAGAACAAGGGUGGAAGAUACAUGUUUUCCUUUCAUUUGCUGUACAAUGUUUUGGAUUUUUGACGAUGAGAGUCUAACUAGUACUAGUACUUUAUCAUUAUAUUAUUAUUUUUUCAUUUCUACAAUCUCGCCAUUACCCCAGUCAGAUUGAUCGAUACUUGUUUGGGGUAGGAUGAGCAGAUUUGCAUGUCUACAUAAAAUGCACUCCUGCACUUUUUGCACUGAGGCAUAUUUACACAGAUGUCUUCCAAAGUUCAUGUUCUGCAGCCUGUAAACAUGUUUGCCAAAAUAGACCCUUACAAUCAGAAAAAAAUCCUUGGAGAAAGAAUGCAUCAAGAACGGGCUUGAAAGAUGUUUUAAUGAAUGUACUGUUGUCUGACCUAUUUACCCUGGGAAUGUUUCCUCUUGCCUUGAGACGCACAAUGAAUAGUUACACUUUGAGUGUAUUAUAAUUUGUUCAAGAGGAAUUUAUUUUACUGACUUGGGGCACAGACUAGAUUUGAUUGUAUAUGUCAGUUGCUUUAUUUUUGUAUUCACUGCACAAAUUCAGGUUUUGUAUACUAUUUAUUUGAGCGUUUGUGAAUGCAUGAAGAGAUCAUUUCUGAUUAGAUUUGAUCUGAUCCAAUAUUUUGUGCUGGGACCACUUUAUAGAAUCCAAUUUUUUUCCAGAUCUUAGAAAUUUAUGGUAGGCUUCGCUUUCAAUGUCUGAUUUGCAAAUUACUAAAUUGAAUGUAGUUUUUGGCCGUUUUUAGGUCCUGUUUUAGGUGCUUAUGUUACUCUGUGAUUGUGGUCUAACUGAAUGUCAGCACAUACAAAUAAACCAAGCACAUAUGAAUGCAUUAUGGCUAUUAAACAAAUGUUGUGCUAAGCUGUUCUUUUUCGCAUUUCUUGUGUUUUGUGCAUAUAAAAGUGAGAGGCUGAAGAGAGUCAUAGAAUAAUUUAUUCAAAAGAUUUUGUCUUCCAGUUCUUGAAAAAUUUGAAUUAUACAUAAUACUGUAUAACAUUGUAUGUUUGGCAAUAAAGUUAGUCAGUGUUAAUCUGUCAGUCAUAAAUACAAAACUUCACAUGACCAAAAUAAAAAGUGCAAGUACUUUUGCUUCACUCCACAAUGAGCAAAAUAUUAAGCUGUCUUGAACUCUUCUUGGCAUCUAUAUCACCAGUUGUCUGCUAACGUGAUUUAUGCACAUUAUUGUUACAUGUAAACAUAACAUGAGGGCACCAAUAGUUAUUCUGACUUCUAGAGUCUAAGUGCUCUAAUUUAAAAACUGACAAUAUUGUGUGUAGAGCCUCAUUUAAAUAUUAUGGCAAAAACAAAAUCUAAACCAGUACAGGAAACUUUUCCAUUUCUAUGUAACAAUAUUUAGAAAAAUAACCCGACAUAUCUGACUGUAUUUUGUUAAAAAAAAAAAAUGCUUCAGAUGUUUUAUAUUUUGAAACAACAUAAAUCUGAAGUGCAGUGAGUAGACCACUAUCCCAUUUCCUGUACUAUACCCACAAUACAUUCUAUUGAAUGAAAAAUUCUUUAAAAUUCUUGUUGUAAACGCUUUAGUAUUUUUUUUUAUACUGACAAUGUAAAUCAACACAAUUUCCAACAGUGCAUAAUACAAAAAAAGAACAGGAUUAAAGUAAAAAGGCAGUAAGGGUUUACUUUCCCCCCCC